CACAUCAUUUACGCUGCUAUCACGGUCGGUUGCACGUUCCUGCUGGAGGUAACACACUGAAUGUUGACAGCUUCACAGGUAGAAACAACCGUCCACGGGCUCGUCUCUUUAUAUUCCAGUGUCCGGACCCCAUUCGCUGUGAGCCUGGGUUUGCCACACUCCAAAAACAGCCAUUCGAAGUCCAACCAUUCCGGUAGAAUGGACAAAGAGAAAACGGACUGGAAGAUUGAAAAAGAGAGACUGUUGAGUCUGAACCUGGAGGAGAGACGCAAGGAGUACCGUCGACAGGCGUACACAACGCUGGGCGAGGUCAGCACCUGGAGACAGGAGUGUAAAGGGAAUGCCAAAGUGGAAGAAAGCGAGCCAACAGGUGGCAGCAGCACGAGCGACAAAGUUUCCCUCCACAAAGGGGACAUCACCGUCCUGGAGGUGGAUGCCAUCGUCAAUGCUGCCAACUCCAGUCUACUCGGAGGGGGAGGUGUUGAUGGCUGCAUACACAAGGCUGCGGGGGGAUGUCUGUAUGAUGAGUGUCACUCCCUUAAUGGCUGUGAAACCGGCAAGGCCAAAAUCACCUGUGGCUAUGAUCUGCCCGCCAAAUAUGUGAUCCACACUGUGGGACCGAUGGCGAGAGGUCGGGCCGGCCCUUCUGAGAGCAGUGACCUCAGCGCCUGCUACCAGAACUCCCUGAAGCUACUGGUGGACCACAAUCUGACCACUGUGGCCUUCCCGUGUAUAUCCACCGGCAUCUUCGGCUUCCCGAACAAGUCUGCCGCUGACAUCGCCCUCAAAACCGUCAAGAGCUGGAUCGAGGAGAACUCCGACAAGAUAACGCGGGGGAAGACGGCGAGAGAGGCACCAGUAACGGGGUGGAUGCUUCAGAAGCCGAGGAGAACAAAGACUAACCAGCGGAGGAUCGGUCAAUCAGCCUCAUCUGACAGCCAGCAAACUGUGUGAAGGCACCCAGCAUACCAGUGUCAGAGCCGCCGGUGGUACCGCGCAGCCCCUGUUCCCUGGCCCUGGAGACCCCGCUUCUACACCCCAUGAUUCUCCCAUUUCCAACUUUAAUUUCCCCCACUCCUCCCACCCCUCUUUCUUUUCUCUCGCUCUUUCUUCUUUGAUCCGAUACUCCUCAUGAAAAAUGUAACUGUAUAUGUGCACGUGGUGUGUUUGCCUGUGUGUGUGUGUGUGUGUGUGUGUGUGUGUGUGUGUGUGUGUGUGUGUGUGUUAGCGUGCAUGUGCGUGUGUGUGUCUGUGUAAACUAUAAAUUUUAAUAAUCCCCGGAAAGGGAAACGAGACGAUGCCACAUACACAAUAUAGACGACAGAAGCCGACAACUCGGCGCAUGUACAUAACUAAGGGAACGCACAGCCCGACAAAAAAACAACUGUGAGGUACUCCUGUACUGAUUACAUACAUGCAUGUACAUACGUGUGCGUUUAUGUGCAUACACGUAUGUGAGGUAUGCAUGCCAGUAUGUAUGUGUGGAUGUACGUAGCCUACUUCGUGUCCGUCCGUCUAUCCGUGCGUACUUAUCGAACCCUUCUGUCCAGACUUAAAACAUAUCAACCUGAGACGAUGAGCCAUGCGUCACUGUGUCUAAGCCAUCAUUAGCUCCGCCGAGACGAGGUGAACCAGAUUGUAGGGUACUACUGAUCAAAGGAAAUCACUAUGUCGGAGAGAGUGCUGGCAUGGGACGAAACCCCCCCCCCCACACACACACAUCUCCUCCCCCCCCCCCCCCCGAAUCUCCUCCCCCACCUCCUCAUUCUACUGCGUUUCUAAACAGAUGUAACUCUUUUUGCCGAUGACUGCUCCGCACGUUGACUGCGUCUCGCGAGCGCUCGUGAGGUGUGAGUCAAUCACACCCCCACCGCCGCCGCCGCCGCCGCCGCCACAUUCUGUCGCACACCGCUGCGGGCGGGGCUGCUGUCAAAAUAAAAUACUGAAUUUACAUUUUAAAAUGCAAUCCCAUGACCACGAUACUAACGAACCACGCAACAAGGUCUAUGAUAGAGGGCCGGGAUUAACGAAAAAACAACGACAACUUAAACACACUAAUAAAGACAACACACAAAUACAUGCACACAUAGACACACACACGUCGUCACUGAUGAACCAUGACAAAGCUCAAAAUUUUCGCAGCCGUUGAUUCUCUAUGCGAGAUUUUAACGGGAAUAAUACAAUCGCCCACGCAACACUCGAGAGGAUGUGAGUGUCUUUUAAAUGAAAUUACUUUGUCCUGUCACUUUCUCAGUUGUUUUCCUUGCAUGACUGAAUUGCUUUGAAUUUCAUCAACAUGGAAACUGUAUCUCCUGCUCUCUCUCUCUCUCUCUCUCUCUCUCUCUCUCUCUCUCUCUCUCUCUCUCUCUCUCUCUCUCUCUCUCUCUCUCUCUCUCUCUCUCUCUCUCUCUCCCCCCCUGCCCGCUUGCUUACCCGAUUGUUUGCUUGUCUCUUAACCAGCUAGUCUAUACUUUUAUCUGAAGAAUUUGCCUUAUUUCAUACGAAAACAUUAUCACACAGAGGCGGUCCAAGUAAAGCAUUUUGGUUGGGUGUUGCUUGCAGACGAUUUAUCAUUAAUUACUAACUCUACACCAUGUAACCAGUUGUUAAUAUUCCUCGUUUUAUCUUUUGAUCGGUCGACUAAAACAAUCUAUAAGAAAAGGAUAUGAUUUGAGUUAUUUUUAAGUGGUGCCAUAACUAAAGAUAAAAUUAAUUACUGUUUUUGGAAAUGAUGCCUUCAUACUUUGAUGUUUGCUUUGCGGAACAAUAAUGAAACAGACUAAUAAAGUUUAAGUUCAAAGUCGAA